AUGGUUUCCUGUUGUUUUGAGGAUGUGGGCUCACAAGCUGUCGGAUUACCUGAGAGGAAGAAGACGAACGCCAGAAUGGACGUCGCAUCAAUCUGCCUCGUGCUUUCAGCGACACUGACCGUCCAGCUGGACAGAUCCCAGUUCCAUCGCUAUGACUCCAUCAAGCUGAGCUGUGCAGUGUCUGGAAACUGAGGAGAAACACCUCCAAGCUGAUUUCUGAGCCGUGCACCAGUAGCCGGGGGCGAGGUACAUGACCCCUGCUCCUGCACCAUUCAGGACGCCUAUCCAUUUGACAGUGGCUUGUACUGGUGUGAGUCUGACGGGGGGGAGUGCAUUAACACCAUCAACCUCACCGUUACCGACGGCAAAGUGAUCCUGAAGAGUUCCGCUCUUCCUGUGACGGAGGCGGAGGAGGUGGUGCUUGUCUGUCUCUACAAGGAGGACGAGGACGGCACGACCACUUCUAACUUCUCUGCCAACUUCUACAAGGACGGCGUCGUCAUUGGGACUCGUGCCUCAGGGAAGAUGACCUUCCCGUCGGUGUCCAAGUCCGAUGAAGGACUCUACAUGUGUGAACACCCCACGGAAGGAAGGUCGCCGCAGAGCUGGUUCUCUGUGAUCAGCAAAGUCAGAGCUCCUCCUCCUCCUCCUCCUCAUCCUCCUCCUCCUCCUCCUCCUCCUUCUGCUCCUCCUCCUCCUCCUCCUCCUCCUUCUGCUCCUCCUCCUCCUCCUCCUCUCAUGUCUCCACCCAGGCUGGUGUUUACCAUCCUGCUGAUCAUCCUUUACACUGUGAUGCUCAUAGUGGCUGUGAAGGUUUACACAAUGUGGGCUAAAGCUCGAGCUGAAGCAAAAGGAGCCUCUGAACGUCUGUCCUUCAGUUGAUCAGACCUGUUUGCUGCUGAUGAAGAAGAAAGUAUCAUAUAUAAGGAUCAACAUUUCUAAUAAUGAACCAAACACCUCAAUAAAAACUAUAUCUUUAUUUAUUUUUUGUGUAAACUCUGUUGUUGAAAAGCAGGAAUCAGCAGCUUCCUGUGUUUCUGUCUGUUUUCGACGAGUGGGAAUGAAAGAGGAAACAUUCUCAAUAAUCACAGUCACUGAAACAUCAGACUCAAUUUACUGAAGCGUCUGUUUUAAGAUGAAAAGUUGAAUGAUCUUGUGAAGCUUUCAAAUCUUGUUUUUCCUGUGAUUUGCUGGAACAAGUUGACCAGACACAAAAAAGACACUCGACGAUUCCGUCUGCC